AUGGUGAUUGCUGGCGACCCGUGGCCAUCGCCAAAGCCCGCUGCCGCUGCAUCAGCGGCGAGCGGAAGGUCACCGCCGGUGUAUGCAUCGGGGAGUGCUGCAUUGAAGCCACCGGUCCCCCCUGCCCCGAAGCCAGCGCCCGCGGUCGCUGAUGUCUCUGCGUCUCCGACUCCGGACCUCGUGUCGUGUGAGGCUCCGGCAUCUCUCCUGCUUGCCCCAUCUGCCCCUGUUGCUGAGCCGGGCCCUCCUGCGGGUCCCGCACCCUCUGCUCCUGGUCCGCCGGCUGUCCCUGUGAAUCCUGCGGCACCGCAUGCUGUUGCUGAGCCUGUGGUUGCGCCGCCCGUGCCCGAACUCCCUGCGGCACUGCCCGCCGUUGCUGUCCCUGUUGCACCCGACGCGGCUGUUGGUUCGUCGCCAAUGGCGGUGUCCGCCACCACUGGCGGCCCGGGUUCGAAUGUGUCGCCAGCGGGGGCCGUGUACGGCCAUGCUGCUCUGUUCCGGGGGAAUUCCCUGGAUGGAGGCCCUCAGGAUGAGUGCCUCGAUGCGGCGGAUCGGCUCGCCGAGCUCCUGGCGCCCGUGCUGGCUGCGCCCGCACGGUGUGUAAUUGCGGGCGUUGGACAGCUUGGUACGGCUGUUCGUGGGUUGAAGCGGGUCCUGCGCGCUGGUACUGGAGACAAAGUGAUCGGCGCAAGUGCGGCGGUGGUGCGGGAGCUUCACCGCUCUCAGACUGGGCUCCUUGCAGUUCAUGACGCGGAUCAAUUCUAG